CAGGAGGACAAUACGGAACUGGUACUGGCGGUGGACCUGGUGGACAGUACGGAACAGGAACUGGAGGGGGACCAGGAGGUCAAUAUGGAACCGGAACUGGCCGUGCACCAGGUGGCCAAUACGGAACAGGAACUGGAGGGGGGCCAGGAGGUCAAUAUGGAACCGGAACUGGAGGUGCACCAGGUGGCCAAUACGGAACAGGAAGUGAAGGGGGGCCAGGAGGUCAAUAUGGACCGGGAACUGGCGGUGGACCAGGUGGAGCAGGUGGCGGGCCCAGUGGACAAUACGGAACAGGAACUGUUGGGGGCCCAGGAGGUCAAUAUGGAACCGGAACUGGCGGUGGACCAGGUGGACCAGGUGGUGGCCCCGGUGGACAAUACGGAACAGGAACUGGUGGGGGCCCAGGAGGUCAAUAUGGAACCGGAACUGGCGGUGGACCAGGUGGCGGGCCCGGUGGACAAUACGGAACAGGAACUGGUGGGGGCCCAGGAAAUCAAUAUGGAACAGGAACUGGCGGUGGACCAGGUGGCGGGCCCGGUGGACAAUACGGAACAGGAACUGGUGGGGGGCCGGCUGGACAAUAUGGAACCGGUACUGGUGGUGGGCCCGGUGGUCAAUAUGGAGUUGGAACAGGCGGGAAUGGUGGACAAACCGGCGGAGGUGAAGGUAUACCACUGAAUGUUCUCGACCCAAAUUCAAUUGCAGCCACUUUGGAUGGAUACGACUCUGAUGCACAAGCAGGCGUUUCUCAAAACAGCAAUGGUACUACGGCCAGUGCCACAUCUAGAGGUGGAAACGAAAAAG